UCAGCCAUGUCCGUCCUUCCGUGGCAGAGAUGACGUAUUUAGAUUGCUGAGUGCUUACUUCCAUGGCGAUCACGACCAUGCUCAAAGGAGACGAACGUUUGCAUUAUGCGGCCUCGGAGGUUCAGGUAUUGCAUUUAUAAAUGCGUCAUCGUCUGCCUCACUUGAAGCCGAUUUUGGCCGCUUACAUGAUCUUCUCGAGCUUGGGGAAUCUGACGACAAGAUUGGGUCUGUCAGAAGGUGGCUGGCGAGACCCAGAAACUCUCAUUGGCUUUUGAUUUUCGAUAACGCCGACAAUCUAGAGUCGGUACGGAUCCAGAGGUGCUUCCCAGCUGUGAACUGGGGUCAUAUCAUUAUUACUACUCGCGAUCAGGGGGCCAUCGGUAGCAUAACUGAAGAAGGACAUGUUUUGCGUCCGCUGAUGACCGAGGAUGCGAUACAGUUGUUACUCGACAAGUCGGGCAUUCACCACCCUACUCAGAGUGACACUGAAGAUGCCAGGGUGAUUGCAGAGUUCCUUGGAUCACUUCCCCUUGCUUUGGUACAAGCUGGCACAUAUAUACGUUCAAGGCAUCGCAGUCUUAGAGAGUAUUGUAGACUUUAUAUGACGAGCCGGAAUGACCUGCUACGUUUUACAUCGCAUCCUGGCGAUGCCGAGAUGCCAGUCUUGACGGCGUGGGAAAUUAACUUCAAGCAAGUAGAACGAGAAUCAUCCAAAGCUUUCCAUCUCCUUCUUCUCUUCUCAUUUUUGGAGCCGUGGUCUAUUCCUGAGAUGCUCCUACGACGAGGGUCAUCUCCUCAGAAGCGUUGGGGUACGAAUGGCGAGGUGGAAGAGAUUCGAGCAGAGGAAGAAGGCGUGGACGUAAACCUGACGAGAAACGGACCAAUUGGCAGGACUAUAUUCCCUCAUUUAAGCCGGGUUCUUUCUGAAUAUGACAGCAUGGCUCUCGAGGACGGAGAGCCGACUUCCUUUCGGCACGAGCUUGCAGCAUGUCUCCUUGCCGCAUCACGAUUCUCAAACGCGAAAUGGAAGGUUGAAGCAAUUAGUCGCACGAAGAAGCUUCUAGAAGGGGACGACGAUCCCUUCCUCAAUGCCUGGCUUGCGUAUAGAGAAAGUUCGGUGAUGAGAAUGUCAGGAAUGACAGAAGAGUCCGAGAGAGUCUUGCACAGCUUCCUGCGGGAUACAGCCACGCCUCUCGCGGAAGACUCAAAACUGACUCAGAGAUUUAAUGCUCAACGAGGGGACCUUAUCAUUUCAUUUUCUAAGAAUCUUAUCCGCCAGAGCAAACUUGCUGAAGCGAAGUCAGAAUUAACUGAGUGGAAACCACUAAGCACGGAAAUAUCUACCCUUGAGAAGAUAACAUCGAGAGCGCGUAACAUAACCCUGGGUAAGAUUCUUCGUUUCCAGGGAGAGUUCAAGGAGGCACUUGAACAGCUCGACAGCGUUCUUCAAAGCGGUUUGCUCGAUGAUUACUUUAAGGGCACAGGCUGGUAUCGAGUUCUCCUUUCCGAAGUUGCAGGUCUACAUUGCGAAUUGGGCCAGCCUGUCGAGGCUGAAAAACUUUUGCUACAGGAAUUGGCCUCAAUGAGGGAAAAGGGAACUCAAAACAUUGCCACGGGACAACGGUUACAGAUGUCACUUGCAGAGACUUUCCUGCAGCGAAAUAUGUAUGCUGAAGCAGAGACACUCUUGUAUGACCUCAGACGUGCAUUCUUGUCCCCUGACAAUCUGGAUUAUAAUGCUAAAUUCAAUGGUUUCCGUGUCUGGGUCUCACUCGCGAGGGUUUCCCAUAAACAAUCUCACUGGGAGGACGCCCUGACACGUUGGAAGCAUGCCUUGUCAGCUUUGGAGGGCCUCAAGCUGGACGAAACGUUUAAUGCCGGCCUUGUACAAUGCUCACUCGCUCACUUGAUGAUGGUGACUGGCCAUGAAACGGAGGCCACACACAUGUUGCAGAGGGCGAGGUCCAAUAUGAAGUCCGAGCCCCGUUUAUUUUGGGUUCCGUUGUUCAAUUCCCAAUGGCAUGACUUCAUAAUCGAAAGCCUACAAGAUUUAAAAGUCGAUUGCGGAGGUGCCAAUGUCAACCACCUGAGUAUAAUUCAUAUCACCAAAAUGAAAGGCAAAGGCAGUACAUGUGAUUUCAACUCGGACGUCCCUUCGUGCGCAUAGCCUGAGAACAGGACUUCCAGGGCAGAUUGGGCUUUAAACCCCCACGGGGGACUUGCAAUGUAUUCGCAAGUGAAUAGAGAUUGAUGAUCAUCUGAUAAUAGACGAUCUGUUUAUUAAAUAUUUCUUUUGGGUGUGGGAGUGUGGUGUGUUUUGCUUUGUAUUUA